AUGCAUCGGCCUUGUGCUAAAAACGCAUUCAACAAUGCUUUGUAUGAACAAUUGACAGCUGCACUGGACAAAUUUGAGACCGAUUCUUCUCUCCAUGCGUUUGUACUUACUGGCUAUGGCGACUACUUUACGAGCGGUGCAGAUGUAAAGGAGAUGAUGGCUAUCCAUGGCAAUGGACUAGUUCAUCCACCUUCGCAGAGUCCAUCGUAUACUUAUAUGCAGAAGAUGCUAGAAUGCAACAAGUUGUUGGUCGCAGCAGUGAAUGGUCCGGCUAUUGGUAUUGGUGUCACGCUACUCAUGCACUGUGACGUCGUGUAUGCAGCCGAUAGCGCCACCUUCUGGACACCAUUUCUCCGCUUUGGCAUUGUGCCGGAGUUUGCAUCAUCUUAUACGUUCCCACACUUGCUAGGGUCGACAGUAGCGAGCAAUUUGGUCAUCCGGUCCAAGGUUUAUACAGCUAAAGAAGCACUUGACAGCAAGAUUGUGGGCGAGGUGUUCCCAACGGAUGGAUUUCUAGAGGCAGUACUUGCAGACUUGACGCCAAUCGUAACGAACCGCUCCAAUCAGACCAGUUUGCCGGUAUACACAUCACUACUGCGUCGUGAACGCGCUCCAAAGGUCCGUGAAGCGCUAUUCUUCGAGUUUGAGCAGCUGGAUCGUCGUGCGGCAUCAGGCGAAUUUCUGACCACGGCGAUCGAGCUCAAGAAGCACUUAGAGAGCAAUACUAAUAGCAAACUAUGA